GGAGGGAGUCCCUCCCUCUAAAACCACUCAGAGGAACAAACCUGGACCUGAAACCAGCCCUGAAUCAGGACCUGAGCCCAGCUGUGUGUCCAUGAAGAGUGACCGGUCGAUGGAUCAGAUUACUAAGUUCAAAGCUGGAGUUUCCUCAGACCAACAAUCUCAGCCAGAACCAGGACCAGGUCUAGGACCCAGCUGUAUGUCCUUUAAGUCAGAGUCGUCAAAAUAUUUCUCACAGAGAGUGGACCAGCAGAGCUCAGAGCUUCCCAGUGGUCAGUCUGCCCAGCAGCAUCAAACACAGCUGGACUCCAUAUUUAUGCUGCUGGAGGACAACAUGAUCACUUUUGUGAAGAAGGAACUGAAGAAGAUUCAGAAGCUUCUGAGUCCAGAUUACCCAGAGUGCUCAGUGUUGGAGGGUGAGGAUGAGGAGCAGAAGAAGAGCAGCAGAGAGGCGUUAGUGAAGAUCACAGUGGACUUCCUGAGGAGGAUGAAGCAGAAGAAGCUGGCUGAGCGUCUGCAGAGCAAACUUCUGGUUUCAGUUUGUCAACGUAAACUAAAAUCUGGUCUAAAGAAGAAGUUCCAGUGUGUGUUUGAGGGGAUUGCUAAAGCAGGAAACCCAACCCUUCUGAACCAGAUCUACACAGAGCUCUACAUCACAGAGGGAGGGACUGCAGAGGUCAAUGAUGAACAUGAGGUCAGACAGAUUGAAAAAGCAUCCAGGAAACCACACAAACCAGAAACAACCAUCAGACAAGAAGACAUCUUUAAAGUACCACCUGGAAGAGAUGAACCAAUCAGAACAGUGAUGACGAAGGGAGUGGCUGGCAUUGGGAAAACUGUCUUAACACAGAAGUUCACUCUGGACUGGGCUGAAGACAAAGCCAACCAGGACAUCCAGUUUACAUUUCCACUGACUUUCAGAGAGCUGAAUGUGCUGAAAGAGAAAAAGUUCAGCUUGGUGGAACUUGUUCAUCACUUCUUUACUGAAACCAAAGAAGCAGGAAUCUGCAGCUUUGAAGAGUUCCAGGUUGUCUUCAUCUUGGACGGUCUGGAUGAGAGUCGACUUCCUCUGGACUUCCACAACAGUGAGACCCUGACUGAUGUUACAGAGUCCACCUCAGUGGAUGUGCUGCUGACUAACCUCAUCAGGGGGAAACUGCUUCCCUCUGCUCGCCUCUGGAUAACCACACGACCUGCAGCAGCCAAUCAGAUCCCUCCUGACUGUGUUGGCAUGGUGACAGAGGUCAGAGGGUUCACUGACCCACAGAAGGAGGAGUACUUCAGGAAGAGGUUCAGAGAUGAGGAGCAGGCCAGCAGGAUCAUCUCCUACAUGAGGACAUCACCAAGCCUCUACAUCAUGUGCCACAUCCCAGUCUUCUGCUGGAUCACUGCUACAGUUCUGGAGGAUGUUCUGAAAACCAGAAAGAGAGCAGAGCUGCCCAAGACCCUGACUGAGAUGUACAUCCACUUCCUGGUGGUCCAGACCAAAGUCAAGAAGGUCAAGUAUGAUGGAGGAGCUGAGACAGAUCCAUAUUGGAGUCCUGAGAGCAGGGAGAUGAUUGAGUCUCUGGGAAAACUGGCUUUUGAUCAGCUGCAGAAAGGAAACCUGGUCUUCUAUGAAUCAGACCUGACGGAGUGUGGCAUCAAUAUCACAGCAGCCUCAGUUUACUCAGGAGUGUUCACACAGAUCUUUAAAGAGGAGAGAGGACUGUACCAGGAGAAGCUGUUCAGCUUCGUCCAUCUGAGUGUUCAGGAGUUUCUGGCUGCUCUUCAUGUCCGUCUGACCUUCAUCAAGUCUGGAGUCAACCUGCUGAAACAAGAACAAACAGUUUCUGUUCGGUCUAAGUUUUUAAAUAAACCAGAUCGACAACGUCUCCAUCAGACAGCUGUGGAUGAGGCCAUACAGAGUCCAGAUGGACACCUGGACUUGUUCCUUCGCUUCCUCCUGGGUCUUUCACUGCAGACCAAUCAGAGACUCCUACGAGGUCUGUUGAGACAGACAGGAAAUAGCUCACUGACCAAUCAGGAAACAGUUCAGUACAUCAAGAAAAAGAUCAGUGAGAAUGCGUCGGCAGACAGAAGCAUCAAUCUGUUCCACUGUCUGAAUGAACUGAAUGAUGGUUCUCUAGUGGAGCAGGUCCAACAGUCCCUGAGAUCAGGACGUCUCUCCACAGAUAAACUGUCUCCUGCUCAGUGGUCGGCUCUGGCCUUCAUCUUAGUGUCAUCAGAAAAAGAUCUGGAGGUGUUUGACCUGCAGAAAUACUCUCCUUCAGAGGAGGUUCUUCUGAGGCUGCUGCCAGUGGUCAAAGCCUCCAACAAAGCUCUACUGAGCAGCUGUUCCCUCUCAGAUGAAGGAUGUUCAGCUCUGUCCUCAGUUCUCAGCUCCCAGUCCUCCAGACUGACAGAACUGGACCUGAGUAACAACGACCUGAAGGACUCAGGGGUGAAGCAGCUGUCUGCUGGACUGAAGAGCCCACACUGCAAACUGGAAACUCUCAGCCUGUCCGGCUGUCUGAUCACAGAGGAAGGCUGUGCUUCUUUGGCAUUAGCUCUGACCUCCAACCCCUCCAAUUUAAAAGAGUUGGACCUGAGAUACAACAAUCCAGGAGAGUCAGGAACGAAGCUGCUCAUGGCUGCGCUGAAAGAUCCACACAGACUCAGGGUGGAGCCUGCUGGAGAACCAUGGUUGAGACCAGGAGGUGUGAGGAAGUAUUCC